AUGAAGUUUUCCAAGGCUUUUACCGUUGCUACUUUAGCUAUUGGCGCUCUGGCUGCUUAUCUCAAACCUGCUGAAUUAGUCUUGCAAAGAGACGAAGUGGCCAUUUCAGGUGACGCUUACGACAACCUCUUGAGCAUCUUGCAAAUUGAUCAAUCCACUGCUGCUGCUUUGGGCUUGACAGAGGGCAAGAGCACAAGAGACUUGGUUGACAACUUAACCGGUCUUCUCAAUGCUCGUUCCGAAGAACCAGAAGUUGUUAAAAAGAGAGACUUGGGAUUGAUUCUCCAACUUGUGGACCUCAAGAUCCAAAAGAUCAAUGAGGCCAUCAGCGCAUUGUUGUCAGGAAAGAUUACCAAGGAUGAGUCAGGAUAUAUCAACUUGUUGAACAUCUUGGAGAUCAACAAGACCAUUGCUGCUGACCUUGGAUUGACUCAAGGGUCUGGUACUUUUGACUUGGUUGCUCAAUUGGGUAAGCUCAUCACUAUUGAGAUUAGCAAGGGAAUCGGAUACUCCAAAGGCGGCGACUCAGGUACUGAGGUCAAAAAGAGAGACUUGGGAUUGAUUCUCCAACUUGUGGACCUCAAGAUCCAAAAGAUCAACGAGGCCAUCAGCGCAUUGUUGUCAGGAAAGAUUACCAAGGAUGAGUCAGGAUAUAUCAACUUGUUGAACAUCUUGGAGAUCAACAAGACCAUUGCUGCUGACCUCGGCUUGACUCAAGGAUCUGGUACUUUUGACUUGGUUGCUCAAUUGGGUAAGCUCAUCACUAUUGAGAUUAGCAAGGGAAUCGGAUACUCCAAAGGCGGCGACUCAGGUACUGAGGUCAAAAAGAGAGACUUGGGAUUGAUUCUCCAACUUGUGGACCUCAAGAUCCAAAAGAUCAACGAGGCCAUCAGCGCAUUGUUGUCAGGAAAGAUUACCAAGGAUGAGUCAGGAUAUAUCAACUUGUUGAACAUCUUGGAGAUCAACAAGACCAUUGCUGCUGACCUCGGCUUGACUCAAGGAUCUGGUACUUUUGACUUGGUUGCUCAAUUGGGUAAGCUCAUCACUAUUGAGAUUAGCAAGGGAAUCGGAUACUCCAAAGGCGGCGACUCAGGUACUGAGGUCAAAAAGAGAGACUUGGGAUUGAUUCUCCAACUUGUGGACCUCAAGAUCCAAAAGAUCAACGAGGCCAUCAGCGCAUUGUUGUCAGGAAAGAUUACCAAGGAUGAGUCAGGAUAUAUCAACUUGUUGAACAUCUUGGAGAUCAACAAGACCAUUGCUGCUGACCUUGGCUUGACUCAAGGAUCUGGUACUUUUGACUUGGUUGCUCAAUUGGGUAAGCUCAUCACUAUUGAGAUUAGCAAGGGAAUCGGAUACUCCAAAGGCGGUGACUCAGGUACUGAGGUUAAAAAGAGAGACUUGGGAUUGAUUCUCCAACUUGUCGACCUCAAGAUCCAAAAGAUCAAUGAGGCCAUCAGCGCAUUGUUGUCAGGAAAGAUUACCAAGGACGAGUCAGGAUACAUCAACUUGUUGAACAUCUUGGAGAUCAACAAGACCAUUGCUGCUGACCUUGGCUUGACUCAAGGGUCUGGUACUUUUGACUUGGUUGCUCAAUUGGGUAAGAUCAUUACUGUUGAAAUUGACAAACACAUUGGAUAUUAA